UAUACAGUUGUUACCAGAUACAAGAAAUCAGUGUGAUCAGACUUAUGGUGAACUGUUGGACCCUGCAAGAGAGAGAGAUUUGUAAAGGAUUCAGUACUCAGUGUAAAGGUAUUUAUAGAGAUCUCCCUGACUGAGGAAAUCCACACGGGAUUCUGUUUUAAAACACCAGGAUAAAGAAAUAGAUGUCUGCUGUAAAUAAUGUAUAGAGCAGUGUACCAGAGAUCUGUCACAGUGUCAGGUGUUAGUCAGUGUCUUCACAUUUCACGUGUGUCUACAGACCGGGUUUGGAUCAGUGAUGGUAGAGGCAAUCUUAUACUGACAAACACAAGAGGAGAAGAACUAGACAGUGUGACAGUUAUAGGUAGUGGUGUGGGAGGAGGACACACUGUGGAUUCUAACGGUGAUCUAAUUUAUAUAGACAGUGAAUUAAACAUCAAUAAACUGUCUACAGAUAACAAAGAAAAGACUACGAUAAUAAAGUACAACAAAUCAUGGAGACCAAAGUGUGUCUACAGUUCCCCCUUCAGUGGAGACCUGCUGGUCGGGAUGUAUAUAGGUAUUACAGGCAAGGUAAUGAGGUAUAACUCCACAGGAGAAAACAUCCAGACCAUACAGCACAACAACAACAACACAGGUCAAGGACUGUAUCAUAUACCUAACUACAUCACAGAGAACCGCAAUGGAGAUGUUAUUGUGUCUGAAUCUCUCCGUGGUGUAGUGGUGACAGAUCGUGACGGUAAAUUCCGGUUCUCCUACAGAGGUCCUCCAUCAGGAUCACGAUUAGCACCAGUAGGAAUCUGUACUGACGCGCUGUCAUACAUCCUGCUGUGUGAUUGGAGAACCUGGUCAGUACAGAUGUUAGAUAGUGAUGGUCACUAUCUGACAGAGAUACUGACACCACAACACGGGAUAGGCUUACCAUGCGGCCUGAUUUAUGAUGAUGACACUCACCUACUGUGGGUAGGGUCAUACAACAACAACUUAGUCAACAUAUACAGAGUGGUAGAUACAGACUCUCUGACUGGAGUCCCUCUGAAGGACAUCAAAUGUAGCAAACAUCCCAGAAUUCCCCUGGACCAGUUCUGUACCCCGUGUGGUGUUCCCUUGUGUGUGGAGUGUACCAGCUCUGAGAAUCACAGCAGACAUGACCUUAGAAAUAUAGAGACAUUGUUUGACAGCAUUCACAGGAUAGAAAAUGGAAAUAUACUUUUGAUGUGCCUUCUUCUUUCCAAUUCUUACAAAAUAAACAUAGAAGACGAAAACUGGAUGACAAAAUAUAAUUCUGUUGCCAAAAGUUUUCGUUUGAAGAAAAUCUCAAAGCCAUUUGUUCAUGAAGACUUAGAAAAAUACGAACCAAUCCUGAAACUCAAUGAAUCAGAGAUCAGUUAUUCCAAUGAGUUCUUCAAAAAUAUCAGUUUCCUGGAAUUCUCAAAGAAUUCUCUCUUCACUGAAAUUUUCUUGACUGGGGCAGAAAAAGAAAACGUAGCUGAACAAAAAUGA